CCAAAAUCAACAAAAAACAAUGCUGUGAAGCGCGUUCCUUGUAAACAAAGCGUACGUAGAAGCGCACAGAUUCAAUAUUUUACUGUGGAUUUUUAACCAAUCGUUGGCGUGUGUUUUUUGUUGAAACCGCGUGAAAGAUGGCACGCAGAAAUGUGUGGACUACGGAAGAAACGAGGGAGCUGCUGGCCAUCAUCAAGGAGCUCGAUUUAAUGAAAUUGUUCGGCGAAGAGCGUAACAGCAAACUCUAUCAAAUAGCGGAAAACGAGCUGAAACAGCGCGGAUUUUUCGAUAAGGACGCGUUCCAGAUCGAACACAAAUGGAAGAACCUUAAGCGCACGUAUCACAAAACCAAGCGAGAAAACUAUCUGACUGAGUCAUGCGAGUUUUACGAAGAGCUGGACGAGCUUAUGGCCAUGAAACCAACUGCAUCGAGCAGCAAAGCCAAAGAUGCCAGCGGACAACCGAAACGGCCGAGAGCCGUGUUGGAAAACUUUGACCUGCUGCUAACCAAGCUCGCCAAGGUGGACCGUGAGAACAAUGAAGAAUUCUUCAAAAAGCAGAAAGAUCUCGUCGAUUACGAGUUCGAUCUGUACACGCACGACGAGCGGCAGUAUACGACGAAAGUGUCCCAAAUGCUUAACCGCAACAUGAACGAUUUUUGUAUCAAAGCGCACCAGAUUCUGCUGCAGGAAGGAAUGGUGGAACCGGUCGUCCAAAGCGAUGAAGCCCUGGAAGACGUUCAGGAAGAGCAAGAGUUAGCCCCGACCGAGCAGGUCAUGAUGAUGGAGCAACAGCAGCCGCUCGUGAAGAAGGAGAUUGUCAAAGAAUUUUACCAAACGUGGCGUGAGGAGGAACCAUUUUGAACGAAACGAAACGAGAAAACCUGCCUCAAUUCAAACAUUGCAAUUAGAUGAUAAGGAAUAAGAACCUCCGGCUACCAUCCCGCAUUUGUUGUCUAA